AUGUCAACCCAUCUAUUCUGCUGCACAACCAUCCAACCGACAACCCUCCCAAACCCCGAACACGAGCUAACCUUCACCUCAUUCACCAAAUGGGCCAAAUGGGCCCUAAGCACAAUAAUAGUCCUAACAGGAACCACCGAUCCAUCCGAAGCAAGCGUCUGCAUCCAACUCGUCCGACAAGCCAUCAACGGCCCAGAGUUUAUCGGGUACUUCAUCACAACAGAUAUUGAGAAUUUCGAAGAAGUCACGGAAGACAAGAUUCUAGAUGCGAAUUUCGUAAAGAUGAAUGAAGGACAAAGCUUCCGCUGCACCGAACACAAUGAAAUCUUCGAUCUAAACCUCUACGAACCGAGUACAGGGAGUACACGUCAUUGGCGGAGUAUUGCGAAACCACUCAAGCAGAUUGAGAAUGCGUUGAAGAAUAAAAUGUCCGGAUCUGGAUCGCGGUCAGAUGGUUCAAUGAUUGUGAUAGUGAUGGGCGGGAUCUGGGUCGAGAUCAAGAUCAAAGAAAAGACCAAGACCAAGACCAAGACCAAGAUCAAGAUCAAGACCAAGACCAAGACCAAGACCAAGACCAAGAUCAACAUCCUGAGAUAA